UGGAAAUUUUCAAGGAGGAAGAAGGGAAAGCCACCGCUCACCAUCACCCUCCACCACCAAACACACGCAGCUAGCUUGGUAGGAGGGGGAAAAAGGCCUCCCCUUUGGCUUGCCUGCGAGUGGGAUCUCUUCUUCCUCCCCCACCGCCCGUCCCUGCCCUCUUCCGCCGACAGCGAGCGAGUACGCGACGCAUAGCAAGCGGCAGCCACACCGCCGCCGCCUCCAGGCUGCCAACACAUCCCUGCCAUCCCUUUUGACCCUGAGGAUCCCAUCCCACUAGCUUCCUACUACUACUACUACUACUACUUCCCCCAUCCUCUCGAUCUCUCUCCCCGUUCCCCUGACAAGCCGAGCGUCAAGUGGCAGGGAGGGAACGCGGCGGCGCGGGUGAGGAUCAAUGGGGACGGGGAGCGUGCGGGCGCUGGCCCUGGCGCUCGCCGUGUUUCUCGCCUGCUCCGGCAUCGCCGUCGUCACGGCGCAGGAGACCGAGCGGAUCGAAGGAAGCGCUGGUGAUGUGUUGGAAGAUAACCCUGUUGGGAGACUCAAGGUCUAUGUCUAUGAUCUCCCCAGCAAAUACAACAAGAAGCUGCUGAAGAAGGAUCCUAGGUGCCUGAACCACAUGUUUGCCGCUGAGAUCUUCAUGCACCGGUUCCUGUUGUCAAGCGCUGUCCGAACUUUUAAUCCUGAGGAAGCAGAUUGGUUCUACACACCCGUAUACACAACUUGCGAUCUGACCCCUAAGGGUCUUCCCUUGCCUUUCAAGUCUCCUCGAAUGAUGCGUAGCGCAAUCCAGCUGAUUGCUACAAAUUGGCCUUACUGGAAUAGAUCAGAGGGCGCUGAUCAUUUCUUUGUCACGCCCCAUGACUUUGGUGCUUGCUUUCAUUAUCAGGAAGAGAAAGCAAUCGGACGGGGAAUCCUUCCCUUGCUUCAGCGUGCUACGCUGGUUCAGACCUUUGGACAGAAGAACCAUGUCUGCCUGAAGGAUGGGUCCAUCACCAUCCCGCCAUAUGCGCCUCCUCAGAAAAUGCAGACUCACCUUAUCCCUGCCGACACCCCUCGAUCCAUCUUUGUGUACUUCCGAGGUCUGUUCUAUGACACUGGCAAUGAUCCUGAGGGCGGUUACUAUGCAAGAGGUGCUCGUGCGUCAGUCUGGGAGAACUUCAAGAACAACCCGCUCUUUGACAUCUCGACCGAUCACCCACCAACAUACUAUGAAGACAUGCAGCGCUCAGUGUUCUGCCUCUGCCCAUUGGGCUGGGCACCAUGGAGUCCCAGGCUAGUGGAAGCCGUGGUCUUUGGCUGCAUCCCAGUGAUCAUCGCAGAUGACAUUGUCCUUCCCUUUGCGGACGCCAUCCCAUGGGAGGAGAUCGGCGUUUUUGUUGCUGAGGAGGAUGUCCCGCAGCUGGACAGCAUCCUGACAUCCAUUCCCACAGAUGUUGUACUGAGGAAGCAACGGCUCCUUGCGAACCCAUCGAUGAAGCAGGCCAUGUUGUUCCCCCAGCCUGCUCAGCCAGGAGAUGCAUUCCACCAGAUUCUUAAUGGUCUCGCGCGCAAGCUCCCUCACGGCAGCAAUGUUUUCCUGAAGCCCGGCGAGAGGGUCCUGAACUGGACCGCUGGACCACCAGGCGACCUGAAGCCUUGGUAGCAUCUUGUGGAACUGAGAUGGAUGUGACCUUCUUUGGAAAGGAAAUAUCGAGAACAUGAUAUAUAUACCUGUGCCUUUGAAUUAUCAUGGGUGCACAUAGUGCUGACCACAAGCCAAAUGUACAUUUUCUGUAUGUUUUUUCUUCUAUAACUGUUAUUAUAUAUAUCUUCAUUUCUUUUUUCCCCUUUCUAGAUAUAAGAGUGCCAAGCCCUGUCGACCAUAUGUGGAUAUAUCAUAAAUUAAAUUUACAAGAUUGUGCUACUCA